CGAGAGAGAGAGAGAGAGAGAGAGAGAUAGAGAGAGAGAGAGAGAGAGAGAGAGAGAGAGAGAGAGAGAGAGAGAGAGAGAGAGAAGAUUACCGCCGCCUAAGCCGCGUGCGCCUCACCAGUCCGCAUCUCGCGCGCUCACCUGCUCUGGGACUUUGUCAAACGCAGCUUUCUAACCGGGAUCUCGAGCCGUGUUGCUCGUGCUGCCUAUACACCAGGUGAUACGGAUUAACUGAUUUCUCACUGUCCGAGGAAGGUGCGGCUUUUUUUUUUUUUUUUUUUUUUUUUGCGGCUCUUUUCGAAGUUGUUCCACAUCCAGGACGGUCGAGACGGCUCGCCCUGCGCUCAGGAGGGGAUUAGAGAGCAGAUACCCGCCACUCGGAGAUGAAGACACAUCACACUGGUCCUCUUCAGCAGAACGAUGGACGGACAGAAAGCAGAGCGGGACAGUAACUGGCGCCUACAUGGAGCCCUGAUACAUAGGGCAGAGAGCAGGUAAAUGGAGGUGCAGGACAGGAGCCGCUCCCCGUCCCGUAGGACCAGCCGGGUGGAGCAGGUGGUGGGACGAUGGCUGAGACGGUCCCGAGACUUAGGCAGCAGGUCUCACUCUCUGAGCAGAGACCGGGUUGCAGCGGAUGGGAAGACAGCAGAGUCCGGUGGCUCUGAUCAGAGGAAUUACCCCUUCCGCUUCAAUGUUCAGAUCCAACGGGACCCAAACCUCAACUCUCAUGGCCUCACUCUGUCCUCCCAGACCCCUAUCCUGGUUCAGGAGGUCAACCCAGGUGGUCCUGCAGAUGGUCGGCUUGUCCCUGGCGACCAGCUUGUGAAGAUCAAUAACGUCGCUGUCGAUGACCUGACCCCGGAGCAAGCUGCUGAAAUAAUCAGGGAGUGUCAAGAUUCGUUGACAAUGACUGUCCUCAGAACAAUGCUGGGCCCAAAGUCAUCAUUCAUCACACCAGAGAAGAGGGCCAAGCUCAGGUCCAACCCUGUUAAAGUCCACUUUGCUGAGGAGGUGGAAGUCAAUGGACACUCUCAGGGCAACUCGCUGCUCUUCCUGCCUAAUGUUCUGAAGGUGUAUCUGGAGAACGGACAGACCAAGGCCUUUAAAUUUGAACCCAGCACCACAGUCAAGGACAUUGUGAUGACACUGAAGGAAAAGCUUUCUCUGAGCCGUAUUGAACACUUCUCCCUGGUGCUUGAGCAGCAGCACAGCAUUACUAAACUACUGCUGCUACAUGAUGAGGAGAGGAUACAGCAGGUGGUCCAGAAGAAAGAGGCCCAUGACUACAGAUGUCUGUUCCGUGUUUGUUUCAUGCCCAAAAACCUCCAGACGCUACUUCAGGAUGAUCCCACUGCCUUUGUAUACCUCUACCUGCAGGGGGUGAAUGAUGUGCUGCAGGAGCGUUUCGCAAUAGAGAUGAGAUGUAACACCGCCCUGCGACUUGCUGCGCUGCACAUCCAGGAGAGAUUGGCGAGCUGUGGACAGUCACCAAAGACCAACUUGAAGAUUAUCACGAAGACAUGGGGCAUAGAGAACUUUGUGUCAUCCACCUUGUUGAGGAACAUGCGAGAGAAAGAUCUGAGGAAGGCCAUUGCCUACCACAUGAAGAAGAGCCAAUCACAGCACGACCCCAAGCAGAAGGGCCUGUCAGUCGAUCAGGCACGGAUCAACUACCUGGAGGAGCUGAGUGAUCUCAAGUCAUUUGGAGGGAAAUCCUUCAGUGCCACCAUGAUGCUCCAGGACAGGGAGUCCAUGGUGACCCUGUUGGUGGGGGCACGCUACGGGGUGAGUCAGGUGGUCAACCACAAACUGAGCAUCCUGUCCACCCUCACAGAGUUCACCAGCAUUACACGCAUCGAGCUGCUGCCUGAAUCUGACAAGGUCAGCCUGGUCAAAAUAUACCUGCAGGACAUCAAGCCCAUCACAUUGCUGUUGGAGUCAGUGGCAGCCAAAGAUAUGUCCUGCCUAAUAGCAGGGUACUGUCGAGUGUUUGUUGACCCCAACCUCAACAUCUUUCCCUGGAUAGAUGACUCCAAGAAGCACAGAGUGUCUGCUGAGGAAGGUUAUGUGUCACGGUGUGGCAGCGACUCAGACAACUCCUCAGACUUGGACAUGGAACCGCUGGUCGCCCAGGUGUCUCAUGAUGAGAAGCCCUGCCCUCGUGUCAGAUCCUCAUCAGACCCAGACGGAAGAAAAAGAAAAGACAGAGACAGAAAGAGAAACAAAGAUGGAAAAGAAAAGGGAGAUAAACCUUGGGGGGAUAAAAGGCAAAAGGAAGAAAAAGAUGCUGACACCGAAAAGGAAAAGUCUCCACUAGAUAAGAAUAGAGAGAGUAAGAAUGAAGAUAUACAGCACAAGGAAGAGACUGAGAGCCAUCAGAAUGGACAGCAAAUACAGAUCGAGAUAACAAACAAUGAUUUGGGGGAAAAAGUGGGACAAGAAGGUAGAAUAGGUGGUGAAGAGGUGCGAGCAGCAGAGGAGCUGCCAUCUGUGUCAGAAGCAUCAGAUUCUUGUCAGUCUGACUCUCGGGUCCUCACCAGCCCCUCCAGCGACUCUCUUGAUGCUUUGGAGGAAGAUGACUUAAUUUCAUGUUCUUCUUCCUCCAUUGACCCCAAUGCUCCAUCACACACUCAUGCCCAUAUCCACUCUCCCCUUCAGCUUCAUCCCUACUCUCAUAGGCGCGUUCAGCCGCACCUCCUCGCCCCUCCACCAGCUCACUCCCAUCCCCUCCACCUCGCAACUCAAGACAGAGGAGGAGGGGGCUACAGAAGGUCAGGCGAUGGAGCCGAUCCCCAACUUCUCGCACCCGUCUCGCCCUCUCCCAGCUUUCACCACAUCCAAAAAUGUUCAGGUAACCCUUGCUCUGAUGACAGCUCCUUGUGUUUUGCUGAGCUAUCCCGCCUUGUGGACUUCCUGCCAAGCCCUCCGGAGGCCAGCGAUGAUGAGGACGAAGAAGAAGAGCUGAGGAGGAGGAGGAGGAAGAUGUUGAAAGAAAUGGAUGAGUUGGUGAGAAGAGCGGGUGAAGGUGGAAGUGUGAGCGGGGAGGGUAGUUUUAAAGAACAUCCACUGUCCCCUUCCCUGUCCUCCCCCUCCUCCCACAUGGAGUUUGUGUUUAACUUUGACCAAAGCGACGCUCGCUGCUACUACAAACUCUGCUCCAACAUCACCCCUGACAGCGCUCGCAGCCUCCCCCGCCCACUCCAACAUAAAGAGGGAGAAAAUUGGGAGGAGGUGGAGGGAGAUCCGACUAAAGCGGUUGACUUGGAGCCUAUCCCCAUCCUUCAGCCACCGCCUGGCUUUGGAGACAGCAGCUCUGAUGAGGAGUUCUUUGACGCCAGAGAUCGCUUCACGUCACCUGAAGACCCAACCUCGGGAGCCAAGCCAAGAGAUAUUUGCACAGAGAUGAAACUGGAUUUCCUCAGCACACUCAGUCUCAGUGACAUCAGAGUCUCUGUAAAUGAUGCAGACAAAGAUGGAAAAGAGGAAGACAGAAAAGGAGGAGACGAGGAAGGAGGAGGAAGAGAAACAUUGUUCCAGCUCAGAAAAAGAUCCCGUAAGCGCCGUUCGUACAUGGAAACUGAUUACACUUCUAGGGUGUCAUAUCCGGAGCCAGAUCCAGAAUCAAGACAGGACCUGGUCUCUAGUAGGCUUCAUAAGAACCUUUUGGCAGAAGCCAAUGAUGCACAGAUGCUGAGUUCAGAUCCUGAACCUUCAGAGCAAACCCAGAAUCCCAGUCCUACUGUCUCCUCCCUGGCUCACUCUGAAGGGGAACCGUCUCAGCUCGAGUCAAAACCCAUCCUGUCCAAACCCCGCUCGGAUGGACCGGGCUCUCCUCGUGGUUUUGGGCCUCAUGAGCAGACUAGAGACCCACAGGCCCCCUCCAUGUCCAGGAAGCAAGAAAUGGAAAUGGAACCUGAUGCAAUGGAAUCCAAAUCAGUCACAGAUCUGGUGAAGGCAGCAUCUCCUACCAUCACCGUUGUCCGCUGCCGGGUGGAUCCUGAUGGGAAGGAGUGUGCUGAUCGGAGGGGUGAUGGAAAGGAGGAAGGGGAGGGACAGGAGGAGAUGGAUGAGGACAAAGAGGAUGGAGAGAAGGAGGAGACAACAGGUGUGUCGGGAAAUGGGCCGUUCACUAGUCAUAUGUUUUUGCCAGAAAUCACCGAGGGAGAAGGUAAGGGGAAAGAAGAGAAGAAAGAGGACGUGAGAGGGUCCUCAUCCAGUUCAGAGAGACCACUCAUAGGCGCUGAAAGGCAGCCAGAUGCCAACACACUGCCUACAUGUUUGAUAGAUGUGAAUAAAAAGAGCAGCAAUGGCCUUCUGGGAGCCUAUCUGAUUGCCCUAGAGCAAAAUUCAUAUGCAGAGGAACAUAUGUUUGAAGGUGUGCGUGAAAAUUUAAACCCUCCAUCAUACUCACCACCACCCCCUCCACCUUCAUCCCCUCUUCCUCCAACACCAGUUGUUCACAAAUCCCAAAGUGACUGUUUGGUGAGGGAAGAAGAGGGAAGCAAAAACACGGGAACCUCAACCAAAAUGGCUUUAUCUAAUUCUGAGGAGACGCCACUUUGCCAACGAAAUCACACUAUCAAAGCACAAUUAUGUUUAGAAGUCACCACCUGUGUUCAUGAGGAAGAAGCCAUCGGUAUUGUUAGUUCUACUAUGACUGCUAGUGAUGAAGUUACUGACAACACCAAUUCGGACAGUGUUUUCGAUGAUGAUGAUGAGGUGUGUAAUUCCUUAAAUUCUAAUGCAAGUGACAAGAAAGAUGACUGGACUGUAGCUAAAAAGCAUAGCCUCAGUGCUAAUUCAGCUACAGCAGGUAAAGGGGAUUCUCAAAUGACUAUUAAGUCUCUUUCCAACACAGUCAACUCUGAUUAUACUCGUGCUAUUAACUCCAUCACUGCAAAGCUUGGAGCCGCAACAAGUGUCACAUCUCCUACAUUUAAUUCAGGUACUAGAUUGAAAAGCGAGGUUACACAUGAAAGUGCUUCAUGUUCGAAUCAUAAUGUAAACAAACCCAGAAGUGAUUCCACCACGCCAAGUGUUGAAGCUAAGGAUAGUUUAGCUAGUCCUAGCGUAGCAAAAGCUAUCACAGCCACGAUCCACAAUCUCUCCAAAGAGCCUCUCUCUUCAACUCACUUCCUCUUCCAGACCUGUUCCCCUAGCAUUAUGGGCCGCUUGUCUGCCUCCACACUGAGGGGGAAGAUUCAAAAGCUACCCAUGUAUUUAUCGAGAUCCCAGGAAACCCUCAACCAAGCUGGGGUAGGGAAUGUAGCUCAGAGUCCUGCUGAGGACAACCGUAGGGACAACGUUGAGAUCACCGUCACAGAUGUUCAUGACGUCACGCAAACAAUAGACUUUGACAUGGUCACCACUGCAGAAUCAGUGGAGUCAGAUGAUUCGGAUGCAACGGUUACAGGAUCAGAGGUGGAUGGGGAGUUUAUUAUGGAAACAACCUCAGAGAAGAGUUUUCACUUUGUUCCAGAGGCGAAGGAAGUAAGCUCUUCAUUCCCUGUCCAGACUGAGCCCAAACCCCAAGCCCAAAAUCAGCUUCUGUGCACUGGACUUAUCAAGAACACACCAGGACCGAUAACCGAGCCUCCAGUCUCAAUCGUGAACAGCCUCCAAAGAGACACUUCGGGCCUAAAGAUGGACACUCCUGGCCCUGUAAAAGAUGCUUCACCUUCUAUCCCCCCUCCAAUAGUGGUGACAACACAGAAUCUAAAUGGGCCGGGAGUCCCUUUUCAUAGUCAGUCACAGAAAGGAAGACGAGCCAGUAGUGACAGGCCUUUGAUGGGUCUUUGUAAGCCUACAGGGCAGAAUUCAGACUCUCCAAAUACACUUUCUUCAGGCUGCAGGGUGUUUACCAUCUGUGAGGAUCCAUCCCAGACAAAGACCCAAGCCGAGGUGGGGACUACCCCGCCUUUGAAGUCUGAGUUUGGCUGCAGUUCUGUGCUAGCAUCUGGAUGUGAGUCAGUUAUGGAAGGGGUGCAGAUGCCACUGGAUGCUUGUGGGUGCCCAGCGGUCUACACCAACUGCUUCAGCGGCGGGGACAGCUUUGAUGAAGAGCUGACUGUCUACGAGUUCUCCUGCCGCACACAGAGCAGUGGUGUGACUCAGACUUCUGGAGCAGGUCUUCCUAUCAUGACCUCUCCACCUGUUCCCUCCUUUCUCUCCACAUCCUCCACCCACUCUCCCUCUUUUCCACGCUCCAUCCUUUUCUCCUCCUCUACCUCUGAGCUCAGCCCUCUCCUCUCACCACUGUCCGAUGCCUCUGACCGUUUCCUGUCUCAAACGCACAAGGACACCAUCAGUCGACUAGGCCAACAGUGCUACCCAGAACCCCCAACAGGUUUCCAAGUACUCCGUGUAGAUGUGGACCAGCUCCUUUCCAUCCUGGAAAGUAGUGGUGCAGACAAAUCUGUGGCAGGCCAUGGAGGUCGCCAUCUGAGGGACACCUGCCCUGCCCACUUUACAGAGAACAAGCGGGUGCUCCAAAUAGAGGCCCGGCGGCUGAUGUCAGGCUGCCAGAAGGUGGUGGGAAUUGGACAGAGCCCAGAGGAAAUGCUUCUCUCCCUGGCUGACAGUUUCCGGACCCUUGUGGAGUUGGCAGGUAUAUGCCUCUGGUUCUCUGGUUGCGAUAGGUGUGACCGCAGGAACGCCGAGGCAGUUGCAGGUCUGGCAGAUGUGGCCCGCUCAUUCAGGGACUUCUGUCUAGCAGCGGAGCGAGCCAGCAGCAAGCGCAGCUGCCAGGACCUGAGCACCAAGCUGUUAGCCAAACAGUGCACCGCGCUCACCGCCUCUGUCUUCUGCCUCACUCAGCUGUUCCGCACCCUCACUGCACUAUGAGCGGAUCACAACCUCUGAAGUCUUUGAAAUGACCUUCAAGCAACCUGUGGCAUGUAACCUCAGAUACAUGAGGUCACCAGUGAGCCCACAGCUACUGCAGAUGUGAGCAGAGUGUGACCCAGGACAGUCAUGUUUAGGAUGUGCAGUAGAGAGCUCAGUGACACACUGUGUCACUGAGCUCCAUGACACCUCAAAUGAUCACAGAAACUCUCAACAUCAUAGAGCCAGAUUGAGAUCGUUGAGUGCAUGUGGUUACUGACUAUAUGCUGUGCACGUACUGUAGCCCACAAACCAAACAGUCAGCCAACAACCAGACUGUAGAGUGGUGCAAGCUGCAAAAGCAGAAUCUGCUUGCAUUCCAGUAUUGAGGAACUGCUAUACUUGAAUGUAUUUUAUGUUAUCUAUUAUGUUUAUUUAUGUAUUAAUUUAUUGAAUUAGUGAGUUACUACAAUGAGCAAGUAAGGAAUGUAAAGACAAGAAGGAAGACAUUUGGAAAUGUUUACAGGCAAAGCUUUAAACAGAGGAGUAGUGGUGUGUGAGAGUAGUGGGCCUUUUACACACACAUACAUAAGCACACAACCUCAAAUACACAGAGUGAAUCAGUAUUUGAUUCCGAUCAUACACAGGCCUUUGACUGACUGACCAUGUGGAGAUAAGAAACACUGCAGUUUACUGAUACUUACAUAUCUUUACAUUGCCCAGGCUGUCAGUGAGGACUUCUUUGAAUGUUACUGUUUACAAAACCAAAAACUAGAGUGAGAAAUUAUUUCACCAAAUCAUAGAAAUCAAGCCUGAAGCUGUGUUUGCCAUUUUAUAAAUCUAGUAGCAGAAUGCUGAUGUAUGCGCAUUACGUGACUUUAUGAAACUGUUUGGAUGAGUCCUCUGCACAUUCAAUUUGUUGUCAUUUUGCACAGACAUUUGGUAUGAUUUAUGGCAAUGUAAUACAUUUGCUAGCUUUUCUCUAAUUUAUUUGUUAACACUCUUUCACCACCUCCAGUUGAAACACCUCCAGUGCAUGGUGAUGUGGCUGUCAACCACCGGUCUUUUCCAUACAUUUAUUAAGUUUUUAUAUUUAGUACUAAACUGUCCAUUAAGAACAGGAAUCUCCAUUCUACAGCAGACUUAGGGUCACUUCCCAAUAGAUGUUUUUAGUAUUAUACAUAGUUUUAUGAGAAUUCUAGCAACUUUAAGUUUCCUGCAUUCUGCAAGCUUUUCAUGAUCAUAAAAACCUGCACACCUCUGAGCUCUGGGGACAGUCAAGUAGGAAGUAGACUACCAUGUCCCUUACACUAAGUGCAUUAUUACUACAGACUUCCCAGUAUAACCACAAAUAGUUAUAAAUCAGUGACUGAAAACAGACACAGAUAGCCCAAGCAGUGCAGGAUUACAGUAUGUGGCAUGUUUGCUAUCUGUAUGUGCAUUUUCAGCUUCUGAUUGACGUAUCGAGUGGGAGGGUCUCAGAGAACAACUGACCCAAUCAUUGGUUGACAGCCUUUCAUUUGAACUCAACACAUUCGUCACAAAAUCAUGUACAACACUGAUUAACGCAAAGCUUAUUAUUGUGGAUAAGCUGUUGUAUUACAGCAUUUUCACUUGGAAUGUUUCUUAAAAUAAAAAGGACUGAUGCACACUGGAACUGCAUGUUCACUGGAGAAAUUAAAGUUAUCAGAAAUAAUUUCACCACUGCAGUACUGGGAACACAAUUUAUUGCAAACAGUGUUUCUAUAUAUAUUUAUAAUGGCAAUCGAAACACUUUAUUUGUUAACUUGUCCUGUUUGGUUCCCUGGUGGUUGCAACAGAAUAUCAUUUCCUGUAUUUUAUUCCCAAUUUGCAGCAGAGAAGAACUGAUUUACCUUUACCUUGAUCUCCUUGAGAAAAUUGCCCCAAACAAAUGAUGGAAAACUUUUUUAAAAAUCAUCAUCUGUGCUCACAAAGCAUGCUGUCAUAAGCCAUAAAAUGCAUUGUUGUUUCAUCAGGGAUUUUAUCUGUGAAUGACUGAAUGAUGAUGUCUGCUCUUGCUUUGUAAUGCUCAACUCCCACCAUUAAAAACAAUGUCAAGAUUA